AUGCUAAUUGAAGGCAAAGAUGGCUAUGGCCUUUCCUCAGAAACAAAGGUGGUCAUAGAUAUAACUGACGUUAAUGACAAUGCCCCAGUAAUAUAUAUUAAUUCAUUAGCAAACCCCAUCCCAGAGAACGUGUCACCUGGUACAGAGGUGGGCAUCAUUAACGUGCAGGACAGAGACUCUGAGAGUAACGGACAGGUGCGCUGCUCCAUUCAGCAAAAGGUCCCUUUUAAGUUGGUUCCUUCUAUUAAAAACUAUUAUUCUCUGGUGAGCACAGGACAACUGGACCGUGAGGUCGUGUCUGAUUACAACAUUACAAUCAGUGCCACUGACGAGGGCUCUCCACCUCUGUCCUCGUCUAAAAGUGUUCAGUUAUCUGUAGCAGACAUCAACGACAACCCACCUGUGUUUGAGGAGCAGUCGUACAGCGCAUAUGUGACAGAAAACAACAAACCUGGCUCCACUUUAUGUUCCGUUGCUGCUCGAGACCCCGACUGGAGACAAAACGGUACAGUGAUUUAUUCUGUGUUAGCUGGUGAGGUGAACGGUGCCCCGGUGUCGUCCUAUGUGUCUGUUAACGGAGACACGGGUGUGAUCCACGCUGUGAGGUCGUUUGAUUAUGAGCAGUUGAGGAGUUUCAAAGUCCACGUGAUGGCCCGAGACAACGGUUCUCCUCCGCUGAGCAGCAACGUGACCGUCAGUGUGUUCAUAUCGGAUGUGAAUGACAACAGUCCUCAGAUCCUGUACCCCGGUCCGGAGGGCAACUCGUUCAUGACGGAGCUGGUCCCCAAAGCUGCCCACGGAGGCUCUCUGGUGUCCAAAGUGAUCGCGGUGGACGCGGACUCCGGCCAGAACGCCUGGCUGUCCUAUCAGAUCGUGAAAUCCACUGAUCCGGGACUUUUCAGUAUCGGUGUCCACAGCGGAGAGAUCAGGACGCAGCGGGACAUUUCUGAAUCUGACAGCAUGAAACAGAACCUUGUUGUGUCCGUGAAAGAUAACGGACAGCCCUCUCUGUCUGCCACCUGUUCCAUGUAUUUACUUAUUUCUGAUAACUUGGCUGAGAUGCCAGAACUGAAGGACAUUUCUUAUGAUGAGAAGAAUUCCAAGCUGACCUCUUAUCUGAUCAUCGCUCUGGUGUCAGUGUCCACGUUUUUUCUGACCUUCAUCAUCAUCACCCUGGGUGUGAGGUUUUGUCGCAGGAGAAAGCCGAGACUGUUGUUUGAUGGAGCAGUUGCCAUCCCGAGCGCUUAUCUCCCUCCUAAUUACGCAGAUGUUGACGGCACAGGAACUUUACGCAGCACUUACAAUUAUGACGCGUACCUGACAACAGGAUCUCGAACCAGUGACUUCAAGUUCGUAAGUUCUUACAAUGACAACACACUGCCUGCUGACCAGACUCUGAGGAAAAGUCCGACAGACUUUGCUGAGGUGUUUCAAGAUUCUCUGGAUCCUCUAGAGGUAGGCGCACAUGCUAUUUGUUAG